AUGAGAGAAACUGAAACUAGGAGUACGUUGUUGUUUCAGAAUUCAUUCAACGUUUCUGGCCGUUCUGUUUUGUCUUCACGUGACAUACAAUUCCUAUCUUCAGGCAUAAAUAUUUUAUGUGAAAAUUUUUGCGAGUUCCGGAUGCUGUGUCCAAGCAUGAGCUUCUUGGAUGGGAUCGGCAUCAAAAUCGCUGAGGAAUGGAAACCGGCGGGCAGAGUAGAAUUGCCCAAGAGUUUGCUCAUGAAGCUAGAUAUUCGUCAUACAAAGAAUGAUGAGUAUAAUUUUACGUUAGAACGUAAUACCCUUGCUCUGGUUCGCAAUCGGAGGGAAAAACAGCGCUUGGAAGCCGAAGCUCUAGCUGCUAGGCUGCUAGCCCAGUCGACUCAUGUUGAUGCAGAAGAUCGCGUUACUUCGACCACUGUUCCGCCAGCUCAAGCUCAGCUUCCCAAGUUGUUUCCAGUCUCAGCACCAACGGCUGAAGUUGCCGUAGAUCGUGCGAGACGUGAUAGCAUUACUGGAGUUUGUCCGCUCUUACCGGAGACAACUGCACUUCCCUCUGCCGGUGUCGUCUCUGACUCUCCGUGGAAACGCAGUGAAGUUAAUUUGAAAGAGUUCGAAGCUGAUGCAGGGAGUCCAUUUGAUCAGAUGGAACUGAAGACGCUAAAUGAUGUGCAAGAACUUGCAUCAGUUUUGCAAAAUGCUCAAGUUUCUGCUUCUGCAAAAAAUGCUGAUGUCGCUCGCCAUGUUCCAAUCCCACCCACUCAGGACUUGACGAACCUUUCAUCUGGAUAUUACGUGCCGUAUCCCAGCGUUGUGACCACGAGUGGUUACCUGCCUACUUCACUUUCGGGCUUUUAUCCAACAAGGCCGAUGAACUCCGUCGUUGCCUGGCCUCAAGUUGCGUCGAACUGGAGAGGUAACUACAUGGGAGGACCUUUCCCUCCGGCACUUGAUGGAAAGCAAAGUCUCAAUUAUCCGAGCGUUCAGUAUUGGAAUCAUCCCACAACCAUUGGUAGCGUGCCAACGGAGGCCGACGCGGCGCGAUCCAUGGACGAACGUGGGUCCGGGAACAGAAGUUCAUCGUUGCCUCGGCAGUCCUGCACGAACUUGACCAAAGCUAUGAGCGUCAGCGUGCCCAAUCUAGCCACAGAACAGGAAGCUUUCUCAGGAUCACCGUCAAUGCCUCGCAUAGAUCAGUCUUGGUGCAAGUCCUCACCUUUAGUUCAGCAAAUGUCGAAUUUGCGAUUACAUGCACAGAUCUUGGUAUUUCAGAAGUACACCAUAAAAACUGGAAACCGUAGUGAACAAAGGAGCCGCACACCGCCCCCGAUUCCUACACCCACUCGAACCAAGUUUCCGUUGCCGGAUAUUUUCUCUCAGCUGAACUUUGAAGGGAAAAAAAAAGUGACGCAUAUUUCCGAGAUGGGAUUUCCUCGUGACCGUGUCGCAAGAUGCUUCCAGCAUAUGAAAGGGGACGAGAAGAAAAUAAUCGAGCAUCUGCUACUGAUACAGACGUUGGAAGAUAAGGGCCAUCCUGGUGAUUGGGUCGAGGUAGCCGCAACUGAUCUUCCUGCAGGAAUCGAGGAUUCCAAGACCCGACGAAGUAGUUUUGAUGACAAAUCAAGGGGGAACGAUUCAAAGAUUAUGGCGUGCUUCACACAGCGACUGACCCUCAUGGCUCAGUUUUCAGAUCUUGGUUUUCCCAUCAAACAUAUUGUCAUGUGUCUGCGUGAUGCGGGUUGGGAGAAAGACCGCGCUUUAGAUGCCUUGUUGAAGUAGGUCUGUUUAGAGGAAAGGUGUUAAACUUGCUUUUUUCAAUGACGUACGCGGUAUUCUAAGCAAAUCUUCGGUAGAUCGCUCCUGCCACAACACCUUCAAUUGUGAAUGAAGCUUUUCGGAGAAAAGGGUUAUCCCUACUUUCCUCUUCUAGGACUUACAUUCCUAGGGUGAAGAUCAUUUCAAAUGUGAUCAAUACACGUUCAUGUUGGGUACUUCUUAAUGAAAAGUACCCAGUCUCGCGUAGUUGAGUGAGGAAGAUGAAGGCUGUGAAAAAAGAAAGCUGGCAAUCAUGACGCAUGUAGUAGUGAUCUUAUCGUGACAAGGAUACGUUUGCACGAAUGUUCGGUUUCCUUGAAAUAAAGUGGGAGUUUACUAUGGAGAUCAUUGGACUAAUAUGCACCGUGCUCCUAAAUGAGCAUGGCAUGCAGUUUCCUCUUCGUAAGUCUAAUUCACCUGGUACAGGUGUACUAUAUUCUAUAUCAACUAUAGACCGAAAGAUUCUUCUCCGAAAGUGGCUGAAACAUCUCUUAGCAUUUAUUUUUUGCGUGAUCUCUACGUCCCAGAGAUUAAGCACGGAUUGAGAAAUACGCUUAUUCUAAUGGGCUAGUAUUAUUUUUUCCCUCGCAGAGAAAUGUUACGUUCCUGAAAUUCACGAACGAGUCUGCAGAUGUGUAAUAAAACGCUCGCUGCACCAAUAUUUUGAACGGUUAAGCAAUCAUCUUUGAGGAAAAUGCGAUCAACUGCUUAAAACCGCUUCGCGUUCGAAAGAUUUUUUAUGCAAUCGUAAUUUCUGCGAUUCAUGUUGUGUGAUGUUCGCCGCUUUUCAUGAAAGGCCAUUUGAUAAAAUGUGUGAUUCUUAAACUUGUUUUUUUCUCCGACAGUGGUGUUUCAACGUGUUGUACAGAUCUUUUGAUAGGAUUACGGUAAUUCAGUUUCUUGUGGACCCAAGAUAGUCCACUACUAUGGCCCGUGUCUCAUGGGUCUGGGCCAUUCUUCGGAAAAUGCGAAUACGAUCAUCUGAAGUGUAUUAUGAUCCUCGAAUCGGGUUCGUUGUCGCGAGAUCACGUUUUUCCGGUGUAUUUGAGGUGGGUACUCCUUCCUGCCAGUACAGAACAGUGCUCUAGGGAUUGAAUUUUUCGUCGAAAUCAUAUCUUUGAACUUUUUGUUUUAUUAGAUACACUCGGCGACAUUGAAAAACAAGUCUUAUUGCUGGUCGAAAGAGGGGAACACUGGUUUGAUGAAAAGGGUUUUCUCAAAAAAAAUUUCGCGCGACGAGUAGUGCUUGUGGUCCAUUCCCGCGUCCACGAUGGUGCGUGGAAAAAUCCAUUUCAGCGUGUUGGGAAAACAUUUUUUUUUUAUCACAGAUCACCCUCAUCAAGGGCUUUCUUCAAGUCGUUGACUAGUUUGUCGAACAGUUCGCGAUGGGGAUAUUUCGGCUGGAAGACUUGAUCCAAAAAGUUUGGAUCGGAGAAGAAGCCGAAGACGUUGUCCAACCGCGACAACGACUUUUCGCUCAAAUGUCGCGAGAUUAUUUUAGCGAACAAAUCGUGACACUCGCUGAUUUGUUUCGAGAUGAAACCACGGUCGUACGUGAAGUCUACUUCGUGGAAACUGAUGACAGUCUUUGCCAAGGUGUGAAACUUCCGGACGAAAUCGUUCCCCAGCUGAAUUUCAUCUUGCGAGAAUUGCUCAUUCCGUGACAAAAUUCCCGCUUUAACGCUCAGCUUUAUGAUAUUCUUGACGAUUUUUUCGGCAUCUUUCUUGCUUCCAGUCUGCAAAAAAAUAACGGAUGAGCAUGAACUGCACAGAAAAUAAAAGCGGGUUUUCGCAAAA